CUCCCCCCGGCAGCGGACAGGGAAGGGUUAAAGGCCCCCAGCUCCCUGCUCCCUGCCCUGGGGAACCCCUGCCCUGUGGGGACAUGAACAGUGUUUGCUGCCUGGUCCUGGUCGCCCUGAGCCUGUGGCCAGAUAGAGCUGCUGCCCCCGGGCCGCCUCCUGGCCCCCCACGGGCCUCCCCAGACCCUCGGGCUGAGCUGGACAGCGCCGUCCUCCUGACCCGUUCCCUCCUGGCGGACACUCGGCAGCUUGCCGCCCAGCUGAGGGACAAAUUUCCAGCCGACGGAGACCACAACCUGGACUCCCUUCCCACCUUGGCCAUGAGUGCAGGGGCUCUGGGAGCCCUGCAGCUCCCAGGUGUGCUGACACGGCUGCGGGCGGACCUGUUCUCCUAUCUGCGCCACGUGCAGUGGCUGCGCCGAGCUGGGGGCCCUUCCUUGCGGACCCUGGAGCCCGAGCUCGGUGCCCUGCAGGCCCGGCUGGACCGCCUGCUGCGCCGGCUGCAGCUCCUGAUGUCCCGCCUGGCCUUACCCCAGGCGCCCCCGGACCCACCAGCUCCCCCACUAGCGCCCCCAGCCUCCGCCUGGGGAGGCAUCAGGGCAGCCCAUGCUAUUCUUGGGGGGCUGCACCUGACCCUUGACUGGGCUGUGCGGGGCUUGCUGCUGCUGAAGACUCGGCUGUGACCUGCCACUGGGAACCACCAACGUCCUUCGAUGCCACAUCUUAUUUAUUUAUUUAUUUGGGGACUGGGGGCAUGGCAGCAGGAAAACACCCCCUCCUUCUCUCCCCUUAAUUUGAGACGGUCCCUCUAGGAGACCUGG